UGACAAUAUCCCUCCAAUCUCACAACUCGUUUCUAAGCUUGAUUAUCUGGAUUACUGCUUCUUGGAGAGAGCUCAGUCAUUGAUUGACCUCUCAACUCUCAAACCGAAUCUGCCAAGGCCUGGUUUGAAUUCAGUGCCAGACCGAGGACGGGCUAAUACUAUUUGGCUCGGAGUUUAUGACUGUGGGUGCCCCAUGGCAUGGCAACAUUUUCAUGCUAGCAUGCCGGCUAGAACAUGUAAGAUACCUAACGGUACCCGCGGCCCGUGUGAGGAAGGCAUAGGCUAGUCUGACGGUACGCUGGCCUCGACUUUAUGCCGCGAAGCUCAGAUUUCUCCAGACCUCCACCAACUAGACCCUCAGGUGACUUCAGGUGACUUGUCUAUGUGUGAGAUGACCGGGGACACGAUCAUGCUGACCCGUCAGUUGGGGCCGAGAGACUUUCGUCAAGUUCUUGUCAAACUUAAAGCCUCCUGUACCCUGAGUGUGAAAUAUAGGUUCACGAGUCUGGGGGCAUGAGCUCGUAUAUUUACAGCUUGUCUUCUAUCCUCUUAUCCAAUCGCACAUCUAUUUCAGGCAAGGGAGAAAAUGACGGAGCACAAAAUUCAGAAAGUCGUUGUAGUCGGUGCAGGCCCAGUAGGGCUCCUGACUGCUUUAAUGUUGGGUCAGAAAGGCAUAUCUGUGGACGUCUUGGAGUCUCUCAAUGAGGUGAACAAAUCUCCUCGAGGACUUGCGUAUGGUGCGCCUGCAGUAAAAGUGCUAGCGCGAGCAGGUAUCCUUGAAAAGACGAUUGAACGGGGGUUCAUACCCAAAGAUAUUGCGUGGAGAAAACCUGACGGUACAAUGAUCGUUGGGUUUGACCGUCUGGAGACUCGGAUAGAUGGGCUGCCACGCAGUGUCAUUCUCCCAGUUGGCUCUCUGUCGGCUCUCCUGGUAGAAGAAGCCCAACACUAUCCUAGCAUCAAGAUCUAUUGGGGUUAUAGGGUCUCCAAUGUGGGACAGGACAGCGAGAGCGCCUGGGUAGAGAGUAACAGCGAUGAUGGGCUUAAUUCCAAGAAGAUGAUGCAUGCCGACUUUGUGGUGGGUUGUGAUGGUGGAGCCAGCGUUGUGAGAAAGACACUGCAGGGAGGAAGCUUCCCUGGAUACACUUGGCCAAAGACUCUUGUUGCAGUCAACGCACAUAUGAGCUUUGACAAACUUGGGUUUUCCGAUGUUCAAUGGAUCAUACACCCCGAAAACUGGUUCGUCAUUGCCAAAAUCGACAACAAAGGACUAUGGCGCAUUGUGUACGGCGAGGCUCCGGGACUGUCGACAGAGGAGAUCCGAGAUCGACUCCCACAAAGGUUCCGAGAGACUCUUCCAGGACACCCUGAACCCAACGAAUACCAACUUGAGACGGUAACUCCAUACACUGUCCAUCAGCGAUGUGCAGAGAAGAUGAGAGUUGGACGUAUCUUGUUGGCUGGCGACGCGGCUCAUUUGAACAAUCCCAUGGGAGGUCUCGGCCUUACCACUGGAGUUUGCGAUGUGGGCAGUCUGAUAGACUGUCUCUACGGCAUUGACACCGGGGAAACCUCUAUCGACAUCCUCGACCGGUAUGAUGAAAUGCGUCGGCAGAUCUUUAGCCAAAUCACAGACGCUACCUCCACGGCAAACUUCCACCGUGUCAUGGCCGACCCGGAGACUAUAUUGGAGAAGGAUAUUUUCUUCCAGCUUCUGGAAAGGGCAAAGACAGAACCCAAUGUCGCAGCAGGUCUAAUGAAGCAUGAGAUGAGUAUCGGUUGUGAUAUGACACAGUACUUUGCCAAUGGAGCAUCGGAGAGCUCUAACAACGGAGUGGUCUUAUAAUUACAACUCCUCUGAACAAAGACAGAGAGUGAAGGCACUACUAUGGGAGUUGAAAUGAUAUCACUCAGAC